ACGAGGGCCGUUCUCCUAGGCCGGACAUAACGGUUCCAGGGCGGAAGUGGAAGUGAGGUGCCGCGGUCGGGCGCGCCCGCCUGCUCGCCCCGGUGCCGCCGCCUCUCGCUGCCGCGCCUCGCCCUAGACCUCGCUCUCUCCCCGCCGCCGCCGCCGCCGCCAUGUCGGCCAGCGCCGUGUAUGUGCUAGAUCUAAAGGGCAAGGUGCUUAUUUGUCGGAAUUACCGAGGAGAUGUGGACAUGUCAGAGGUGGAGCAUUUCAUGCCAAUCCUUAUGGAAAAGGAAGAAGAAGGGAUGCUAUCUCCCAUCUUGGCCCAUGGAGGAGUUCGUUUUAUGUGGAUUAAACACAACAAUUUGUAUUUGGUCGCAACAUCUAAGAAGAAUGCCUGUGUGUCUCUGGUGUUUGCCUUUCUUUAUAAGGUAGUACAGGUAUUUUCUGAAUAUUUUAAAGAGUUGGAAGAAGAGAGCAUUCGUGAUAAUUUUGUAAUAAUAUAUGAAUUACUAGAUGAAUUAAUGGAUUUUGGAUACCCUCAAACUACUGACAGCAAAAUUUUGCAAGAAUAUAUCACUCAGGAAGGCCACAAACUAGAAACUGGAGCUCCCCGUCCACCAGCCACUGUCACCAAUGCUGUGUCUUGGAGAUCCGAGGGAAUCAAGUAUAGAAAGAAUGAAGUGUUCCUGGAUGUCAUAGAAUCUGUUAAUCUCUUGGUCAGUGCCAAUGGGAACGUCCUUCGUAGUGAAAUUGUAGGCUCCAUUAAGAUGAGAGUGUUUCUCUCAGGGAUGCCAGAAUUGCGCCUGGGUCUCAACGACAAAGUUCUCUUUGACAAUACAGGGCGUGGAAAAAGUAAGUCAGUGGAGCUGGAAGAUGUGAAAUUCCAUCAGUGUGUACGUCUUUCCCGCUUUGAAAAUGACCGGACAAUUUCUUUCAUUCCUCCCGAUGGAGAGUUUGAACUGAUGUCUUAUCGCCUCAAUACCCAUGUAAAGCCCUUGAUAUGGAUCGAAUCUGUAAUUGAAAAACAUUCCCACAGCCGCAUCGAGUACAUGAUUAAGGCAAAGAGCCAGUUUAAGCGUCGAUCUACUGCUAACAAUGUGGAGAUCCACAUUCCCGUGCCCAACGAUGCUGACUCACCUAAGUUCAAAACCACAGUGGGAAACGUCAAGUGGGUCCCAGAGAACAGUGAAAUUGUUUGGUCAAUUAAAUCCUUCCCGGGAGGGAAAGAGUAUCUGAUGAGAGCUCAUUUUGGCCUGCCCAGCGUUGAAGCUGAGGACAAAGAAGGAAAACCACCCAUAAGUGUCAAGUUUGAAAUUCCAUACUUCACCACCUCAGGGAUACAGGUGCGUUACUUGAAGAUCAUUGAGAAAAGUGGUUACCAGGCAUUGCCUUGGGUUCGGUAUAUCACCCAGAAUGGAGACUAUCAACUCCGAACACAAUGAGGUUUCUCUGCCAGCCCAGAUGACAAACAUCUUCAGGCCUAGAAUGUGUUUGUAAGAAUUUCUCGUACUGAAGACUGUCAACGUCUUGCCUUCAGUGGCAACUUUGGUAAAUCUGAACAAACUGAGAAGAGAGAAUUAAAUAGAUAUUUAUUGACUUUGUUACCCAGCAUUAUAUGCCCUUACCAUGACUAUGUGGGUAUUUUUUCAUCAUUUGUACAUAUUGUUUCUGCUGUUACCAGCUGUUCAAAUUAAGUGUCACACUUUGUCCCAAAUAGGCAGGAACACAGGAAUAAUCUUAGAAUUAAUUCCCCUUUUCAUUCCAGCCCAAACCAGUUUUGGAAGGAGACAAAAGCCCCAUUUUAGAUAAAAUGCUCUUUUCUGAUGUGAUAUGAGCUUGGUGCUAAUCCAAAAGAAUGAUGUUAGUUUUGCCAAAAUAACUUCUAGGGCUGUCACUCCUCCUUACUGGAAAUUUGGUAUCAGCACCAGUGAAGGAGCACCAAGCAGAAAUUUAGGGAAAAAAAUAUGUUCUGAAAGUUUGUCCUUGGAAAUCUAGCCCAUGAUGGAGGGCAUCAUCGGGCAAAGCUUUGGAGGCACGUGCACAGAUAUCCACCCCUCUCACCACACACAUUGGCUUCCAAAAUGCCUCAGAGCUGGGAGUCUAGAGUAUAAGGAAUGAGGGAGAGAGAAGGCCAGCACUGAAUGUUUACAGAGCAUGUGCUGCCUGCUUUCAGGCUGCCAGAACUCAUUUUACCAGGACAUUGUCAGGAUAGUGAAGUGACUCAUGGUCACACUACCCACCAUCCUCCCCGUCCCUACCCCAAAACAACACAUAGAGUUCGUAAGGAUGAACUUAAACGUAGAGAAAAUGAGAUCGUACCUGAGACUAGAGUUACUGAUUCCAUGUAGUCUUGUCAGAGAAGCCAAAUAAAGAAGCUUGUUCAUUUACCCUUUUUUAGUUCAGGUAAAACUUUUAGGUCCUUCUGACCCUUUCAAAAUCCAUCGCCCCUUUUGGUCACAGCCACGCCAAAAGGUUCAUAGGUUGUGUGUGCCUUCAGUCCAGGGGCUCCACUGAGUCUUGCAUUUCGCAUGUAUCGAAGCAAGGCUGGGGCCCUGACUCUGGGUCCCUUACACACCAUGUGCCAUUCUUAGUUUUACAGACCAGAACAGUAUUUUUCUAGCUCUGCUGGGGGCUGAUGAGUGUGAUGACGAUGGGCUGUGUGUGGUGUUUGUCCUGUCAGUGGCAGGGGUCUGAGAGUUGAGACAUCAGGUCCCUUCUCCCACCCAGUCUGCUCUCAUCUGUCCUUGUGAAUCUGACAUCGUGAUGUUCUAGAGGAGGCUUUGGCCCAAGUAUCUCUGAAGAUGGUCCUGGACACUGGGAAUAGAGUGUGUUCUGUAAAUGAAAGUGCUGUAUGUUUUGUUAAUGCCAAUUCAGUUACUGUUAUUACCGCCCAAUUGUAGAACAUAUUGGUCAAUAUUGCAUUAAAUGCAGAUUUCAAAUCUA